AUGAGUGUGUUACUUGAGACGUCUCUUGGCGACUUGGUCAUUGACCUGCUAGUCGACGUCGCCCCGAAAGCCUGUGAGAACUUCCUGAAGCUAUGCAAAGUCAAGUACUACAACUUUUCCCCGGUGCACAGCGUGCAAAAGAAUUUCACCUUCCAAACCGGUGAUCCGAUAGGACCAGGCUCGGCCGAUAGCGAUGGCGGAUCUUCAAUAUGGGGUUUGCUGAAGGGACCUACGCACAAAACCUUCGCCGUUGAUAUGUCGACCAAACUGAAACAUACGGAACGAGGCACCGUGAGCAUGGCAACUGUACCGUCCCCAAAAGACCCAGACGAGCGCCUCGCUGGAAGUCAAUUCAUCAUAACGUUAGGCGAUAAUCUCGAUUACCUCGAUGGCAAAGCAGCAAUUUUUGGCAAGGUGGUCGAAGGAUUCGAUGUUUUGGAAAAGAUUAAUGAAGCUUUCAUCGACGAUAAUGGGCGGCCUUUAAAGGAUAUUCGUAUCCGACAUACGGCCAUUUUGGACGACCCUUACGAUGAUCCACCUGGCUUAGAAGUCCCGCCCGAGAGUCCGCUUCCCUCAAAGGCUCAAUUGGCUACAGUGAGAAUCGCUGAUGAUGAAGAAUUGGAUGAGAAUAUGGAUGAAGAAGCUAUGGAGCAGCUUCGUCGAGAGCGUGAAGCUCGGGCCCAGGCUUUGACUUUGGAGAUGGUAGGCGAUCUACCAUUUGCCGACGUCAAGCCUCCAGAAAAUGUGCUUUUCGUCUGCAAGCUUAAUCCCGUCACACAAGAUGAGGAUCUCAACCUUAUUUUCAACCGAUUCGGAACCAUACUUUCCUGUGAAGUGAUUCGUGAUAAAAAAACAGGAGAUAGCUUGCAGUAUGCCUUUAUUGAGUUUGAGAACCAAAAAGACUGCGAGCAGGCCUAUUUCAAGAUGGAAGGCGUUCUAAUUGAUGAUCACCGCAUACAUGUUGAUUUCUCUCAAAGUAUACUUGGCGACAAGCUACAGUCCAAAAGCGGCAAGGAGGAGGGUUCGGUGGCAUAUCGAGUCUGGAACGAAAACGCCAGUACCGCACAGCUGACAACCGUGGCCGACCUGACCGGUACGGUAUGGUCUUUGACAAAGAUGAGAUGCGCCGCCCACCACCAGAUCGGGAGCAAAAGCCCUCGCGGCCACGGUCACACAGUCGCAGUCGCAGUCCGGACCGAAGGGCUCCUCCAAGGCAUCACGAUGACCAGCGGCGUGAUGACCGCUACAAAGAUGGGAACCGGAAUCGUGAUCGAGAUCGAGACCGAGAUCUUAAGCGUGAUCGAAACAGAUAUUCCUCCGACAGAAGAGACUACGAUAGACGACGAUGACACAGUCGAUGUCCUUGAUGUUUGA